AUGAGCGCGAACGAAGCGGAGCAGUUGAAGCUGGAGCAGUAUGCCCCGCUUAUCUACGUCGCGCAUCCAGACUAUCAUGCGGCUCCCGUCAUAACACCUGCGCCUAGUGUCAUUCUUAUCUGUGGCUGGAUGGAUGCCCAAUUGCGGCACGUUUACAAGUAUGUUGAGCCGUAUCGCCGCUUAUUUCCUCAUGUGCCUGUGAUCGUUAUGCUUUCUACGGUCGACUCUUGUUUUCGAUCCUCUACCAAAGAAUGGAAGAAGAACGCUGAGAUCGUGCAGCGCAUUCUGCGUGAAGCAGGGAAACUUGCUUAUGAAAAAGCACCGAACGAGCCCCAAACCGUCUUCAUUCACGGAUUCUCCAAUGGUGGUCUUAUUUCGCUGGAUUCACUCAUGGAGCACAUGGACGACCCGUCUCCAACGUUUCCACAGCCUGUUGGAUCUGUGCUCGAUAGUCUUCCAGGCUAUGAUAGUGCUCGAGUCACGCUAUCAGCAGUGAUUGCAGGCAUUCAUGGCGACGACCUAAAGGCUCGGUUGACACGAGCGUAUACACAAGCAACUAUGACUGUGCUUCAUUAUGUUCGACAAGUCACUAGUUUUAUGGGUGGACGUGCUCCUAAUAUUAAUUUUGCCAAGGCAUAUAUCAACAAGCCUCAGUCUUGGGCGUGGAGAAAAGGCACGGCUCCGCUCAAAUGCCCUCCUCGUCUGUAUCUUCAUACGCGUGCUGACGAAUACAUUUCGCCUGACGCAGUGGAUGAACAUGCCGUCGAAGUGCAAAGAGUCAACCAGGAAGAGCCUGCCAUGGUCGUCGAGGCUGAAAACCUAAAGAACUCAGUGAUCUCUUGGCCACCGCUUCAUGUCAUCCGGACACGCCGGAUGGUUUGGAAUACGCCCAAACAUGUUCAGAUCGCACGAAUGCAUCCAACAUUGUAUUGGUCGGCGAUUGAAACAUUCGUGCGUGAUACGAUGUCUAUGAUACCGAGCCCUAUCAAAAGCCGGCUUUAA